AUGGCCCGUCCCCUCAAGGUCUUACAAGUCGUCAACGGAGGAAAGCAGGAUACCGAACCGCCGUCAAACUGUUGUCUUUGGAUUAGAUCCGGAGUCAAGAACGAAUGGCUCGACCCCGUUACCUAUGCCGAGAAGGGAUACGUCUUGAAAGGAUCCAUCAAGACUGAUGGCCUCCGCAUUCAGCUUCUUGCAUUCAAGCUCCGAGAGCUUCAAGAUAUUCGUUACUGA